AUGGCAUCCCACAGAGCUCUAGUUGCAGCUUUUCUUGUGCUUUCCCUUUCCCUGGGCAUGGCCAGAGGCCGACCAGUGAGGAAGGACCUGGGUGUGGGCUUGGGUGGUGGCUUAGGGCUCGGUGUGGGGCUUGGGCUUGACCUGGGAGGUGGCAAUGGCAUAACCUCUGGCUCGGGCUCGGGUUCUGGUUCUGCUUUUGCCUCCAGCUCGGGCUCUGGCUCAGGCUUCGGUGCAUGGUCUGGUCCUAGCGGCGAGGGGUCUUAUGUUUCCUCCGGCCACGGUGCAGGUCUUGGUUCUAGUUAUGGCUCCGGCUCGACGUACGGCUCGGGCUCGAGCACCGGCUCGGGUGCAUCGUCUGGUUCUGGUGGAGGUUCUUACGCUGGGGUUGGCGGAGGCCCGGCGUCUGGCUAUGGCUCUGGUUCUGCUUAUGGCGCGAGCUCGGGAGCAGGCUUUGGAGGAGGAUCUUAUACCGGACCGAGGGGGGGCUCGGCAUUUGGUCAUGGUUCUGGUUCUGCCACUAGCGGGUCUGGCUCUGCAGGGGGAUCUUAUGCCGCCCCAGGUGGGGCGACCCGUUGUGCACCCGGUGCUUCGGGCAGGGGGAGCUCGGCCUCUAGUGCUGGCUCUAGUGCCAGUUCUGGUUCUACCUCCGACACAAGCUCGGGAGCAAAUUCCGGUGCAUGGUCUGGCUCUAAUGGAGGAUCUUGUGAUACUUCAAGCAGGGGCUCAGGCUUCGGUUCCAGUUCCAGCACUAGCUCCGGUUCUACCUCUAACUCCAAUUCUGGCGCAGUCUCUGGCGCAUGGUCCGGGUCUGGUGGGGGCUCUAAUGCGGCCUCUAGUGGGAGCUCCCACUCCAGUUGUGGCUCUUGUUCUUCCUCUGGUUCGACUUCAGAAGCAGGUUCAGGUGCAUCAUCUAUCAGUGGAGAGGGAUCUUUUUCGGCUUCGGGCAAUGGUGCAGGUUCUGCUUAUGCCUCUGGAUCAAGCUCGGGAGAAAGUAGUAGUGCAGAGUCUGGCUCCGAAGGAGGAUCCUAUGCUGCUUCAGGUGGAGGCUCUCACUUUGAUUCUGAAUCGAGGUCUGCUUCUAUCUCAAAUGCAGGUGCAGGAUCAAGCGCAUCUUCUAGUUCGGAAGGAGGAUCUUAUGCUGCUUCUGGAGGGGACUCGAACUUUGGUUCAACCACAGUCUCUAGAUCGAACUCAGGUGCAUGGUCUGGUUCUAGUGGGGGAUCUUAUGCCACCUCGGGAGGAGGAUUGAACUCUGGUUCUUUCUCAGAUUCUAGCUCUUCCUCCAACGCGGUCUCAGGAGCAGGCUCUGGUGCAUGGUCUGGAUCCAGUGGAGGAUCCUAUGCUGCUUCUAAUGGGGGCCCUAAUGUUGGUUCUACUUCUACCUCUGGUUCAAGCUCUAGGGCAGGGUCUGGCGUAUGGACUGGCUUUGGCGGGGGCUCCAAUGGUGCUAUAGGUCAAGGCUAUGGGUAUGGAUUCGGCUCUGGAUCUGGUUUUGCUCAAGGUCGUGGGUAUGGGAGUGGUUCUGGGUAUGACUCUGGGGUUGGCUCUGCGGAAGGGCAUGCAGACAUGAACUGGAGUGGAUCUGGCAUGGGACAUGGCCAAGGAUAUGGUUCUGGAUCUGGAUUUGGGUCUAAGGGUGGGCAUCUUUGA